CGGUCGGCAAGCAGCUCUCCGGAUCGUUUCGCUCGGAGCGGUCAAGUCGGCGUGAUGAGAGCGUCGUUGUCCCAUGCCCUGGCGCUCAGCGCUCUUGCGGUGUGUGCUCACGGGUCAGCCGCGCAGCAGCUCGUGCUCGGCGAUGCACCGAAGGUCGUACACUCCUCGCCAUGCUUGACUUUGGGCACUGAGUGGACAGCGCUGGGUCCCGUACCAGCAGGCAUGAGGGAGCAGGCCUUCGGCGCCAACCAGCUCACAGCUUUCGACGACGUGGUCGAUCUCAUGAACGAACUGCCGCCUCGCCUGCCAUCGGCAUACGGCUACCUCGAUGGCAUCAUUGCGCCGCGCCGGUUUGUCCCUCAAGAGCCGAGCACAUCCUCUUCGUCGUGCGCCUCUCAUACGCAGCGCUUGGUUCUCGCCUAUCCAGAGGUCGACUGGAAGGGAAUGCGAUCUACCGCCGGCUGGAGCGCGCUCCAAUGGCAGGCUCUUCUGUGGACCGAGCUCAAUGUCGCGGCGCCGGGCCCUGUCGCGCUCCACGUGAACGUAGACAAGGCGAUCGAGUUUGCCUUCGUUGCCGAAGGCGAUGCGACAGGCGAGCAGCUGCGAUGGUACACAGGCGACGUGUAUAGCUACAAUCAGGCAGCGCGUCCGAUGUCGUCGACGGAAAGCAUGUCCAGCUCUCACACGAAGCAGCCUCUGCCUCUGGCGCACCUGAUUGAGCUGAACCCUGGGCGAUAUCGCCUCGUGCUGCGCGCCGUGUACGAGAUACGGCUCUUCGGCGACCCCGACAGUCAGUCCUCCGACGGCACGCCGCAGCUGCAGCUGAAGAUCGACGUGCAACUGCGCAAAGAAGCCGCAGUACGGCUCACUGUCGACCCACCGCUCGGCCGUGCGCCGGACAUCGUCGGCGAAGAGCUGGCGGGCCAAGGAGUGGCAGUUGGCGUGCGAAACGGUGGCGUCAGCGCUGUGCAGAUCGAGAAGGCUGGUGUCCAUGGCGAGAUGUCCAGGUGCCUGUCCGCGUCCCUGAGCGACACCGUUAGCAUCGCGGCCGCGCAGACCCGCUCAGUCGUCGUGGACCUCCAUGAGACUAGACCACUCUCGACCUGCAUCGGCGAUCAUACGACGGAGACAGUCAUCCUGAGCCUUCGCGUUCUUGUCAAACUUCUCGACAGUGGCGAGGCGCGCGAAGAGCAGGUCGACAUACAGCUUCGGCGACUGCCGGCCCUCGACGUCAAGAAGGCGCAGCCGUUCGUCUUCACCUUCCGUGGCGCGGACGGAGCUCUGGACUAUGCGAGCGCUCUGCCACCUGCGCAGCGCAGCUCCACGCCGCAAUCGGUCGUGUUGGCUCUGCAUGGCGCCGGCGUCGAUGCGGCGGACAGCGCCUGGUCCGGCGCAAUCAGACAGCAGUCGCACAGCUGGGUGAUCUUCCCAAGUGGCCGCACGAGCUGGGGCUUCGACUGGCAGCUGGCCUCGCUCGCAUCUGCCUCAGCAGCCGUCAGGUCGAUGGCUGCGGCUCAGUGGGGCGUGGACAAGCACUUGAGAGCAGCUUACGCUCUCGAUCCAAGCAAGCUGUAUGUAGUCGGCCACUCGAACGGCGGACAAGGUGCUCUAUACAGGCUGUCGCGCUUCCCGGACGAGGUCAUUGGCGGCACGAUCGCUGCUGGCUACAUCAAGAUGCGAGACUAUGUGUCGUUCGAGUGGAGCGCUAGCCGGCAGAGUGCAGAUCCAGCGCUCGCAGGGAUCCUCGCCUCUUCACUGAGCAUGUUCGAGAACGACCUGCACGCGAGCAACCUUGCUGGCGUGCCGCUGCUCAUCAAGUACGGCAGCGCCGACGACAACGUGCCGCCGUGGCACUCGCGAAGCCUUGCUGCUCUCGUCGACAGCUGGAACGCCGCGAGCAGGCUUGUUCUAGGCGAGCAUGUGCAGGUCUCUGAAGCGCCUGGAAAGGGCCACUGGUGGCCCGAGGUGCUGCGCGAGGCCGACGUCCAAGCGCAUAUCGAGACCCAUCUGCGUCGCGCCUCCUUGUCCCCGCUCGACUCCUUCACGCUCAGCACGACGAACCCGCACGAAGCUGGGGCGAAGCAGGGCGUGCGAAUACUCGCGCUUGACACACCAGGGCGGCUCGGCCGGCUCGAGGUGACCUUCUCCAACACGACGAUGAGCAUCACGAGCAGCGGCGUCCAGUCGUUCAGCCUGACGUCAGAUGGCGCCAAGGCCUGGCACACGUCGUCUGCGACUGCACUGAGAAUAGACGGACAAGCGCUUGAGCUGAGCUCCAGCGAAGCGUUUGCGGGCACAGCGCGAAACUUCGAGUGUCGCGACUCCACAUGGCAUGCGGUGUCGACAUCAAGCCUCGGCCGGCCACAAGGUCCGCUAUUGCGCAUCUGGCUCUCUGCAGCACCGCUGCAGCUCGUCUUGCCGACGCGGACAUCGCGCGAGAGGAGAGAAGCAUUCCAUAGCGCUGCGCUGCGCCUCGCCCACGCUGCGCUGCUGUUUGUUCAGCUCGACUCGCGCAUCGUGGACGACGUCGACGCAAUCCGGCCUGAGGGCCUGACACGCGGGAGUCUCAUCGUUCUCGGCGGCGCAGACGAGAACCUGCUGGCCGAGAAGAUGCUGCGAGAGCGUCCGGCGCCGUUCUCGUUCCUGCCUGCUUCGCAACUGCGCCUGCACUCGCGCGUGUUCAGCGGAGCUUGGAGUGAGUGGUCCAGAGCACUCGAGGCUCCAUCGCUGAAGAGGGACUGCACAGCUCUGCUGUCGCUCCUGCCGCAUCCCACCGAUCCAGACGAAGGACUUGCGCUCGUCGUAGCGGCUUCAGCACACGCCGGCGGUCUCGAGCGCGGCGUACGCGCACUACAGCAAACCCUCCGCACCGGCGCACAGCUGCCCGAGUGGGUCUUGUUCGGCGGUGCGGAGCGAGACUGGAUGGGCGCCGGCGGGCUGCUCGGAGCCGGCUGGUACGAUGCAGACUGGCGCUGGUCACAUGCCAUGUCCUGGCUGUCGUAGCCUGCCUCCAGCUGCCCCACACGCGUGUACUGUGAAUCAAAUACCCAUUGCGC